GGCCUGUCUGGGUUUCGAUUUGCGGAAAGAGAGCACCGCCAACAACACUACUACCCCAGAAUCAGACUGCGCUUAGCUGCCUCAAUUGGCCGAACCGCCACAGAGUCCAGAGAUGCCAGGGCACUGGGGUACCUGAUCAGUCCACACUCUAACCCAACAGCUGGCGUGGCCGGCGAGCUGCAAGCGCGGUUCACCCAGCAUGCCGAACAAGAAAUCAAAGUCGACCAAUGUCGUAAACAACAAAGACGUUUCCGCUUCUGCCCUUGCUGCCUCUGCAAAUGUAAAACACGGCGAUCCUCCCCCGACAAUGUCCGCCCCUGCGGCGGCUUCUGCGGGUGCGGGCCUCCCCAAAGACCUCGCGGACGACUUUCGUUGGAAGAACGCCCGGGCCAAAGCGCUCAUCAUGUCGACCCUCGUCCCCGGCACCGAACCCUACAAGAUUGCCGAAUCGCACGAGCUCGCCACGGACAUUUGGAAAGCCCUGGAAGAGAAGUACGCGCCGGUAAACCAAAAGCCAAAAGCAGAAAUUGGGAAAGCGCAAGACGGCUUGGGAUCUUUCAGGUUGGAUUUCCUCGGUGACUGGGUGGAGGGAAAGCCCCUAGACAAGUACAUGGACAUGUAUAAGGCGGAUCCGAAUCCGGUGUGGAAGGCGAAGUCUACUGGCAAUGGUGCGGAAGCACAACAGAAUGGUAUAUCUCACGAUGCUGUUACUACGCCCACGAAUGCAAAAGCUGGUUCGGAGGCUAAGAACAACCAGCACGCGCGAAGUACUGUUGUUCCGAGGGGUCAACCAGAGCAACAAUUUAAUCUUCAGCCUCUCGAAGCGGCAGAGCCUGCGCUGACACGUUGGAGGCCGAACCAUGUCAAGCAUGACAGUUAUCUGAGCGAGUAUCAGGCUCUGUCGUUUGCUGGCGGCGAUGUGCAACGGAGAAAACAAAUUCAACUGGCCGCGACAAAGGUGCUGAUGCAGAAACUGCCCACCCGCGAGCUCCGCUUUCUAUGGGCUAUACUUUAUGGUGGUGAAAAUGCACCUUGGCCAGGUUUUCUCUCAGUUGUCAUUCCAGGCGUGACCACAGGGACAAGUCGCUUUCGAGAUGAAAAUGGCUGAAGUGAGGAAGCCUCGAUAACGAUACGUAUUGACAGAAGAGCUAGGAAAGCUCGCGUUACUCAAAAGGGUAUUUCCGAAAA